AAGAAGAUGAAUGAAACGAGAUCCAUCCAGGAGAGAGAAAGCUCCGACACACACACGCAAACUGCAACAAGAGAGAGAAGCUAGGGAGAGAAACGAGAGGGAGAGGGGGUGGAGGAACGGAACAGAACCAGAACCACAACCACCACGCUGCCGGAGACGCCCCAAAAUACCAUCCCUUCCCGUCCCAGGCAAGAAAUCAAUCCUCCACCAAAGAAUCCGCCGCAUUUGCGCCCCGGUCUGGCGAAUCCGCCAUGGGGAGGGAGGGAUUUCUCCUCCUGCCCCUCCUCAUCCUCCUCGCCCUCGCCGCCCCCGGCCCCGCCGCCGCGGCGACGGCCAAUACGGCCGACGCGGGCGUCAUCUUGGAGCUCGCCAAGUCACUGACCAACCCACCGCCGUCCUGGACCGGAACCGACGUCUGCGGCGGCGCCACCUUCCAGGGCAUCACCUGCGACGGCGCUGGCCGCGUCACCGGCAUCAACCUCGCCAAGCAGAGUUUAUCCGGCACCCUCCCCGCAUCCCUCUCCGACCUCACCGAGCUCCAGUGGCUGCUGCUCCAGGGCAACGCGCUGGAGGGAGCCGUGCCCUCCCUGGCCCGGAUGGGCUCCCUCGAGACCCUCGCGCUCGACGGUAACGCCUUCACCGCCCUGCCCCCCAACUUCCUCGAGGGCCUCCCCUCUCUGCGAAGUCUCAGCAUGGAAGACCUGCCUCUCAAGUCAUGGAGCAUUCCAGACGCCGUCGCGGGAUGCGCCGCGCUGCUGAACUUCUCGAUCUCCAACUGCUCUGUCUCUGGUCCCUUCCCGGCGGUUCUUGCCAACCUGACAUCCCUCCAGCUGCUGCGGCUGUCGUACAAUUACCUUACUGGGGGCCUGCCGAUGGUGUUAGAGGGGUUGGGCUCGCUGGAGUCACUGCAGCUUAACAACCAGAAGUCUGGUGAGAAACUGUCUGGGCCGAUCGAUGUCGUGGCGAAGUUGCCGAGCUUGAAGACGUUGUGGCUUCAGUCCAACUCGUUCACUGGCCCGAUCCCAGAGUUCAGCCCUGACUCGCAGCUGGUUGAUUUCAAUGUCAGGGACAAUAGUCUCACUGGGGUCGUACCGCCCUCCCUGAUAGGGAUCGCAAGCCUUCAGGUUGUGAAGCUGUCCAAUAACAAGUUUCAAGGGCCAAAGCCAAAAUUCACAGCUACCACUGUAGAUAUUGAUUCUGGGAAUGGGUUCUGUCUCAAAGACCCUGGGCCUUGCAAUCCACUGGUGACCAUUCUGCUUGAUGUGGCCUCAGGUUUUGGAUACCCACCUCAGCUUUCAGUGUGGGCAGGAAACAGCCCGUGCGGAGGUAGCGGAAAUGGUCAAUGGCUUGGUGUUAUCUGCAAAAACAAUGAUGUGAUUCAAAUCAAUUUGCCUAGAAAGAACUUGUCAGGGAUGAUUUCGCCAGCUUUUGCAAACCUGACUAGGCUUCAAAAGUUGGAUCUGUCGAACAAUCAACUCACAGGGAAGAUACCGGAUAGUUUGACAACGCUGGCAACCCUCAAUUAUCUUGAUGUCUCAAAUAAUCGCCUCACUGGACAAGUGCCUGAGUUUAACCAGCCGGAUAUAAAGCUGAUGACAGCAGGAAACCGGUGGGGGGAAUCAGACAGUGAUAGUGGUGGAGGUGGUGGUUCCGAUGGUGGGUCAUCACCUUCAAAUCCAGGUUCACGGAACUCAAAGUCGAAUGCUGGAAUGAUCAUUGGAAUUCUUCUAGCUGUCAUUCUUCUCGUAGUCUGUGUUGGGCUUUUCCUACAUCAUCGAAGGAAGAAGAACGUGGACAAGUUCAGUCCUGUCUCAACUAAGAGCCCUUCUGGUGAAUCUGAGAUGAUGAAGAUUCAGGUGGUUGGGACAAAUGGCAAUAGCAAUGUAAGUGGUUCAAUCCCAACUGAGUUUUUCAGUCAUGUGAGCGCUGACAGUACAAACAUUGCUGAUAUCUUCGAGUCUCAUGGGAUGCAAUUGCCGAUGAGUGUGCUACUAAAGGCCACAAACAAUUUUGAUGAGGACUACAUCUUAGGUAGAGGGGGCUUUGGGGUGGUUUUUAAAGGGACUCUCAAUGGAAAUCUGGUUGCUGUGAAGAGGUGCGACAGUGGCACUAUGGGGACUAAAGGGCUGCAAGAAUUCAUGGCUGAGAUUGAUGUUCUUAGGAAAGUGAGACAUCGACACUUGGUUGCAUUGCUUGGGUACUGCACCCAUGGUAAUGAGAGGCUAUUGGUCUAUGAGUACAUGUCGGGAGGAACACUGCGUGAGCACCUGUGUGAUCUUCAGCAGAGUGGUUAUACUCCUCUUACAUGGACACAGAGGAUGACAAUAGCUUUGGAUGUUGCUCGGGGGAUAGAAUAUUUGCAUGGUUUGGCGCAGGAGACUUUCAUCCAUAGGGAUCUGAAACCUUCUAAUAUAUUGCUGGACCAAGAUUUGAGAGCCAAGGUUUCGGACUUUGGGUUGGUCAAACUUGCUAAAGAUACAGAUAAGUCCAUGAUGACAAGGGUAGCAGGGACAUUUGGAUACCUCGCGCCUGAAUAUGCUACUACAGGAAAGGUCACUACAAAAGUGGACGUGUAUGCCUACGGUGUUAUACUUAUGGAGAUGAUUACGGGAAGAAAAGUACUCGAUGACUCAUUACCUGAGGAUGAAACACAUCUUGUAACAAUCUUCCGAAGAAAUAUGCUUGACAAAGAUAAGUUCAGGAAGUUUGUGGAUCCCACUCUUGAACUCAGUGCUGAAUCUUGGAGCAGCUUGCUGGAGGUAGCAGAUCUUGCUCGCCAUUGCACGGCACGAGAACCAUACCAGCGGCCAGACAUGUGUCACUGUGUGAACAGACUUUCCAGCCUGGUGGAUCAAUGGAAGCCAACGAAUAUUGUUGACGAGGAGGAGGAUGAAGGAACAAGUGAAAUGGGUCUUCACCAGCAGCUGGAAAGAUGGAGACGUGAUGAUUUCACUAUAUCAGAUUCGGAUUCAUUCAGUAGAUACAACAUGUCAAGGAAGUACCAUUGACAGUGCAAGGCACCCAUUACAUCAUGUAUAAAUGAGAAGUCAUGAUCCGGGGCAUCAAGAGGCUAUCUACAGCUCUUUGGGUUGCAAACAACAUUGAAGGUCAAUGUGCAAGGUAUCGUAGUUGGCCCACUGAAAACAAGGGUUGCUUCAUGAUCAGCAUGUUGCUCUGCCUGCAUUGGUGGCUUCUAAACCAGGCUCAGCGUUUCGUUGAGGAAGUCGUAUGAUGCUUGAAACUUCAUGAUGUGUGUAGCAUCCAAGUCUAUAUCGUUCUAGAGACAUUGAAGAGAAACGAUUUGUAAUUUGAUGGUUAAGAGGGAAAAGAGAUGAAAGAAACCGUAGCUUCCAUAAGUUUUACUCUGGUGGUAGUUUUUUUUUUUUUUUUUUUUUUUUUUU